CUCCCUGUCUUCGCCGCCGUCGCUCUCUGCCUUAUGGUAUCCACCCUCGACCAAAUCAUGGUCGCUAUAGCCAUUCCCACCAUUCAAAGCGACUUCAACGCCGGCGCCCUCUCUUCGUGGAUACCGACAGUCUACUUUCUGGCUUCAACGAGCGUGCAGCCACUCUAUGGUCGCUUCAGCGACAUCUUCGGUCGCCGAGCCAUGAUUUGCUUUGCGCUGACAGUGCUCCUCAUAGGAGACUUCGGAUCGGGAUUUGCAAAGUCGAUAGAAGAGCUUAUCGCAUUCCGCGCAGUUGCAGGACUCGGAGGAGGGGGGAUCUUAACGUUGGCGCAGACCGUGAUGUCCGACGUGGUUAGCCUGCGAGAGCGCGGGAAGUACCAAAGCAUAAUAGGGGUUGUAAUGCUCCUCGGGUAUGGAUUUAGUCCUCCGAUCGCUGGAGUACUAGUUCAGCGCGCGACAUGGCGGUGGUGCUUUUGGCUAAAUCUCCCGAUUAUUGUGGUUGCCUUUGUCCUCACCUCGCUAUAUGCACCUACAAAACGAGUGUCGGAAGGCCUGAAGAGUCAGCUGCGGAGCAUCGACUACUUGGGAUCCAUACUCUCCCUACUCGGUUCUGUUUCAUUAACUCUCUCUUUGAUAUGGGGAGGGACAAUGUUCUCCUGGACUUCACCUGUAGUCCUGUCUCUUCUUCCCGUUGGUGUUAUCUUCCUGGUCCUAUUCCUCGUAUGGGAGUGGUAUGGCCCAGCAAUUCCUAUCGUACCCGUGCGCAUCUUCAGAAGCGCUACACUCGUAGGAGUCUGUAUCGUGAUGUUCAUCAGUGGGUUUGUUGGCCAGUCAUCAACCUACUAUCUCGCACAAUACUUCCAAAUCGCGAUUGGGUUCUCGCCCACCCGCUCAUCUCUAUUUGCUUUACCCUCAUUGCUAGGGGACACGCUUGCCAACGUCUUAUCGGGCUUCAUUGUCACUCGAUUCGGGCGUUACAAGGCUCUUAUAUACGUCGCCCUCAUGAUAUGGGCUGUCGCGCAAGGAAUUUUAACCCUCGUUACUGCGUCGACGCCAAAUGUUGUGGCCGUACUCGCCGUGCUAGUCUUCCUGACUGGUUGGGGAGGGGGUCAGAUGCUACAACCAACAGUUAUCGCCGCUCAAGCUAGCGUAGACCAGGAAGAUAUGAGUGUGGUCACCGCUGUACAUAAUUAUGCAUCGCAACUAGGAGGAACUAUUGCUCUUGCUGCAGGAUCAAGCGCAGUUAACAAUGGUUUUCACGCAGCCUUGGCCUCCCUCAAUCUCAAGUCGACAGCCGUUGCAUCCAUCAUAGCAAACCCGGCUCUCCUAAGCCCUGGCUCGUCGGCGCGCUCAUCUUUCCUUGAACAGCUAGGGAUUACAUCCAUCGAGGCGGACCAUGCUAUCGCGAGCGGGUACGGAAGGCUCUUCAUCAUCAACGCUGCAUGUUCGGCCUUUGCUGCUAUCGUGGGCUUGCUCGUGAUUCAGGACAUUGAUCUCGGGCCACGUGGGGCCGACCGAGCCGGUGACUUCGGAUCUGACCUAGCGGGACAGGAGAAAAGUGGAGACGAGCAAGGGCGCGUUGUCCCUAAGAGCCGUCGUGAAGUGGGAUCCACGGAAGUCGUAGGUGGUGACGUCGAUCGACGAGCGACAGAGUGAUACAAAGUGACUGGCUAUAUAUACAUUGGGACGACCUUCACAACACUACUAUCAGGUCUAAUUCUCUGAUUCAACUUCUG